AGGUUUGUUAUUUUAUCGUCGCAAUAUAUCUUGGUUACUUUAAGUUAACUUACUUUGGUUUCUAAACUUAACUAGCAACCGAGGUAUUUUGGCGCAAUUGUGAACCUUAUGUCAAUUUGACCUGUCUUGUCAGUUAACCCAAAACUUUGAUUGUAAAAUUGACUAAUUAUUUAUUAGAUAAAAACAAUAUAAAGAUACAGAAGAUAAGCAGUAUUAUUAUUAAAUUUGGCACUUAUUUUGAAUGCUUGCACCAUUACAAUGGUAUUGCAAAGAUAUUUACUUAGCGCAACAAGACAGUGCAUAUCAAGGAGAAGAAUACUAGGAUCACUCAGACAAACAUUUUGCGAGCUUCGCUACUCAUAUUCAUCAGACUCAACAAGGAAAUACACAGAUAGACAUGAAUGGGUGGUUGUUGAAAAGGAUAUUGGUACAGUGGGCAUAAGUAAUUAUGCUCAAGAAUCGCUUGGAGAUAUUGUGUUUGCACAACUACCAGACCUGGGCAGUGAAAUAAAGGCAGGUGAUGAAUGUGGGGCAUUGGAAAGUGUUAAAGCAGCUAGUGAAAUAUAUUCACCAGUCUCCGGUACAAUUACAGAGAAGAACAGUGAAGUUGAAAACAAACCAGGUUUGAUCAACACAUCAUGUUUCGAAAAAGGAUGGCUCUUCAAAUUGAAAUUAUCAAAUCCUGAUGAAUUAAAUGAGUUGAUGAACGAAGAACAAUAUGAGAAGUUCCUUAAAAGUGAUGUGGAUAAAGACCACUAAUAUGUUAAGUUGUUGAUUUUUUGUUAUAAUUUUUAGUUGUUCUAAAAUGAUUUAAUAUAAUUUAGCAAUCUCAA